GCCACUUUGACAUUUGUAAAUUUAAUCUGUUGAUACGGUAUACGAGUACCGCAUCGUGGAUUCGUAUGUUAUAUUUUAUCGUAGUUUAUUGAAUUAUUAAACAAGAUUGUGUACAAUUAAACAAGAAAAAAAUUGACAUUUUACUAUUUUUUAUAUUGUGAACAACAUACUAUCAUAAAUAUAACAGAAUGCCACCUAAAAAAGUAGAAGAGCCUGAAAAAAAACCACUUAUUGGAAGAAUUGGUACAAACUUGAAAGUGGGUAUCGUUGGAGUUCCAAAUGUUGGCAAAUCAACAUUUUUCAAUGUGCUUACUAAAAGCCAAGCAGCUGCUGAAAAUUUUCCAUUUUGUACCAUCGAUCCCAAUGAAAAUAAGUAUAUAUUGUAUAAUGGUGAUUAUACAAUAUUUAACAAAACUGAGUUUGACAAUGAAGAUUGUCGCCGAAAACCUCUAGCUGCUGCUAUUUUGGGUUUAAAUAACACUGACAUUCCUUUGCCUGAUAAUUUGGAUUUUCAUAAUAUUUGGUCUGAUAUGGAUGCACACGAAGCAUAUUUAAAACAAAAACCAAAAUCAUUUUUGAUAUUAGGCAAACAGGGUGCUGGAAGUUAUAAUAUUGGAGAAGCUUUGGCUAAAAAACUUAAUUGCAUUCAUCUUUGCCCUAAAAAUGUUUUGAUAGACGAAAUUGAACAAAAGAGUCCAACAGGAAAGUGCUUAGAUUUUAACAUGAGACAUAAUAGAGUCUGUAAAUUUGAUACAAUUCUAUCCAUUAUGAAGGAGAAAUUAAAAUCGCCUGUUGUAUUACACAGAGGAUUUAUAAUAUCAGGAAUACCACUAGUAACUUCGAAGCAAAAUGACCUAUACUUAGUCAGGUCGUUGUACACUGAAGAAUCAGUUAUGAUAACUGAAGAUAUCCUCUUUGAUUUAAUAUGCAAUUUUAAAAAUAAAAAAUCAAAACCCAAAAAGUCUACGUCAAACACAUCUAUGAGCAUUGAACAUGAGAUGACUAUUGAAGAAGAAGAAGAAAAUGAAGAACAAGAAUUCGUAGGCGAAGAAAUUGAAGAUCAAAUGGUAGAAUUGCCGAAAUUUUUGUUGGAAUCUUGUAGCAACCUCAUAUUUCAUGUAAUUCCACAUUAUAACACUACAAAAAUAGUGCUUUUACAGCAAAUUCAAGAAUUGUUUGAUUUAAAUCCGGAUAUUGUGAUUUUUAUUUCAUGUCCGAAUAUGGAUAUCAUAACAAAGAGAAGCCGUAAAUUUUUAAAUUAUCCUAAUAACUCUAUUACUUUUUUUCCAUUUCAAACUACUCUGGAGCAUGAAGUAAGAUGGCCCACUAAUUAUUGCCUAACAGAUUUCAAGAAACCAUACGACAUUCAUAACUUCAACCCUAAAUAUAAUUGCAAGCAACCAAUCAAUUUUUAUUUAAAUACAGUAGAUCAACUUUGUAACUAUAAACAAACUAUUAGUCCAUUUUUUAAACAAAAAUUAAAUGAUUUUGAUCCAAGCGCUAUUAUAAAACUGGACGGGCGCUCCUCAAUUCAUCAAAUGAUAUACAUAACCAUGGAGAAAAUACUAUUAAUGCCAAUGAAACCUAUAAUUAUACCAGAACCAUUAUAUCUUGAUGAUCCUUCAGGAGAUUUAGAAGAAUUUUGGACAUCAGUUGAAGAAUUAAAUGUGGUAAGGAGUGGUCUCGUUAAAUUUAAUAGAUACGCUUCAUAUUGGUAUAAUAGAUGUCCUGUUGAACUUAAAAAACGACGAACAAUAGUAGGAAAACCAAAGUAUGCAGUCACGUUUUUUAAAUAUGUGUACUUGUUGUCUUCAUUGGAUGCAAUGGUGAAGUUUUGCAGAAAUCCACGGCCUUUCCUUAAGUUAGAAUAUUUGGAACCAACAUGCCGUAUUAUAAUUAUAGGUACAAAGUCGUCGGGAAAAACCAUGGUUGCCAACUGCUUAUCUUGGAUAUUUGAUGCUUCUAUUUUAAGUUUUCCUACCAUACUAGAAAAUGAGAAGCAGAAGAAAUAUAACAUUUACGCUAAAACUAUUUUCUCUGAAAUAAUCUCAACAAUUGAAGACGCUAGAUUUACUAAAUGGGAAAGUAUGGAGUUAGAUAGAAUAUCUAAUUUGAAUACGUGGUAUAACACUCAAUGUACUAUGUUAAGUGCAUACAUAUCAUUAUUGAAAGAAAAAUUAAAACUAUCUGAAGAUGAAAACGCGGAGGCGAAACCAGAUUUUUUGAAAAGAUUUAACGUCCUUAAAAAUAAACUCGCUUAUUUAUCUGAAAAUGAUUUGGAUCAAUGUGAAAACUUACUGAUAAAUAAGAAUUUAAUGAAGUAUGCCCCUCUUGAAUUAACUACCGAAAUAAGCAAACCUAGCACACCUAAUAUAGAAGACGAAGAUGUUACCGAAAAAAUAUCAGCUUAUAUAAAAUCUAAUGAAUUAGAAAAAGAAAUGGAGCCAACACCUGAAGAACUGAUGUCGGAAAUUAUUAAAAUAUUAAAAAGUAUAGAUUCAACAUCUUUUGAAAAUAAUACUUCAGAACAAAUUUAUGGAAAGUUUAUAAUCGAUGGAUUUCCUUCGAAUCCUGAAUAUUGGAAAUAUCUCACUGUGAAUAAUUUAUUACCAGAUUACACUAUAGCUUUAAUAGAAAAUAGAGAAAUUGAUGUUGAUCUAAUUGAACAUUAUGCUAAAAUAGAAAAUAGUACUAAAAACUAUCAAGAAAGAUAUAUUCUAUGUACUGAUGUUAUGGUAAAAAUAAAACUAAGUCUGCACCAACCUUUACAUUCUACGGAGUUAGAUAUGAAAAUUAUAUUCAAGCAAUUAAUAAACGAUAUAUUACAUUCUAUAUUUCAUAAAAAAAUAGAAGAUGAACCUGAUAAACAAACCAAUAACGAUUUAGUAACAUCUUUCACUGAAAGUAUAGAAAAGUUUCGCGAAGAUUGGGACGUAUUAAAACUAAACAUAGAAGAAAAUUUAAAAUCUUGCAUUGAAAUUGAACUGGAAAAUAAAAAUGAUAUUGAAAUUAUAGACGGAGUCCUCUUAAAACUACGCAAAGGUUAUUGUCAACCACCUGUCAAUGUCGAUGAUAUAGCCGAAAAUCAAGAUGAUGAUAACGAAUCAUUUAAAGAUGAUCUCACUCAUAAUGAACCAUAUUACUUAGGAGAAACAAAUAUUUAUUGCCCUGUUGCGUUUAACGACUAUGGUGUUCUAUGGAAAGGCAAAUCAGAGUUUACAUUUAGACAUGACAAUAAACUUUGUUAUUCCUCAAAUGAAGUCUGUAAGGAAUUAAUGUUAUCUGAUAUUAUAAAGUACCAGUCUUAUAAUAAACCAUUUAAAAAUAUACCUCCUUUUCGAAUAUGUGUAAUUGGAGGCAUCGGAAGUGGAAAAACUACAAUAUCUAAAAUAAUUGCCAAAGAACUUGGUUUGUUACAUAUUGAUAUUCCAAAUUUUAUCAAUGAAUUUGCGAUGCCAAAACAUUUUAAAAAAGUUGGAUGGCAAUUCGAAAAUAGUUUUACUGAUCCUAAUAUGGAUGAGCAAGACGUUAUAGAGUUUCAAAUGGAUGAAGAAAAUUCAAACAAUCUGAUGGAUAUUAUGUCGAAUGAACAAGAAGUACGCCGUAUGAUUUAUAAUUACUUUGAACGUGGAUCGCCAUUGCCUUUUGUGUUUAUCCAAUCGAUGCUUAAAAAACUUUGGUUUGAAAGCCCAUUUGUCAACACUGGGAUUGUGGUUGACGGCUUACCAAAAUUGCCUACUGAUGUUGAAGUAAUGAUAGAAAGUUUUUGUAUUCCUGAUCUAGUUAUAAAACUAGAAAGCAAUUCUGAAAUAGCAUUAGAAAGAUUGUCUCCGAAAAUGUUUGAUCAAUGGAAGCUACAACUUAUGGAAGCUAAGACAAAAGCUUUUCGAAAAUUAGAAGCCGAUCGAAAGACUUGGCAAGACUUUAUUACAAAAACGAUUGUGAUUAAUCUUAUAAUUAGUGAAGUUAUAGAAAACGUAUGUCCAGAUAAUGAAAUAGCCUUGAAAAGUUCAUCUAUUCAGAGCACCAUAAUGGAUGCUGAUCCUGCCGGAUCAUCUAACGUAGACAUUAAGCUAUUUACCGCCUAUAACGACAUCAUUCAAGAAUAUCCGGAACCAACAGGUAAAAGCGAAUGGGAGAAUGCUGAUGAUGUUCUCGAUAAGAUAAAUAGUAGACUGGAAAGUAUCUUUGAUAUAGAUGAGGAAAAUAUACAGACGUUAAAUGAUAUUUUAGAUGAGCAGAAUAUAAAAACAGUCACUGUGGAUGGAAAACAAUCUUUGAAUAAAGUUGUCCGAAAGGCGUUAAUUAACUUGUCUGAUUUGAGAAAUCGAUGUGAAUCAUUUCUAGAGCAAACAUUUAUUAUAAACUGUGACAUUGCCGAAAUGCUUUUGCUGGAAGGAUUCUUUUUAUUGAGCAAAUUCAAUAGAAUGUGUCCAGUGUUUAUUUUUGAAAAUCCUUGUACACUUUUCAAUCCAUACAAUUUAAAUAGGCGUAAAAAUAAGAUUUUUCCUAUUAUUCAUCGAUCUUUUAUAUAUUUUAUUUCAUCGGAAAAAUAUGUACAAAAGUUUAGAACUAAUCCAUUGAAAUAUAUUCAAGAUAAUGCUAUUAAAUCAUUUAAAGAGUAUCCAUUAAGAAUUGGUGUUAUCGGACCACCAAAAUCGGGUAAGAGUAAAUUAGCUGCAAAACUUGCCAAAGAGUAUGGAUUGUUGUGUAUAUCAAAAGGAAUGGCCAUUCGAUACAUUUUGGAAAACAUGGAUUGGACUGUAUUGGGAUUAAAAAUGUUAUCAGAAUUACGUGAAGGAAAUUGCAUUCAUAACGAAUUGAUUAUAAAAGCUAUCAUAACUGUUGCAAUAGAUAGUCGAAUAAUGACUAAUGGUUUCGUUCUUGACGGUUUUCCGGAGUCGCCUUAUGAUGUCUGUGAACUGUCGAAAGUUGAUCUAUUUCCUCUUAUAAUUUUCGAUAUCCAUACCGAUAGAGAAUACGUAUUAAAAAAUUCACAACAUGAACAUCAUUACGCCAUCCUCAAAACAAAGCCCCCUCAUUCUCGAUCUUUUAUAGAUUACAAAUACAAUUAUUGGUAUGAAAAAUGUUUACAAGUUAGAAAUUUUAUAAAACAGGACACACAAAAUCUAUAUUCAAUCAAUGGAAACAAUUCUAAAUGGCAAUGUUACAUUGAUGCAAAUAUGAUAAUAAAAAACUUGAUACCAAAGAUACAUUACUACUUAGGUCAUGCAAAAUCGGAUAUAGUACGUGCGGAUAUAAUGGCUAUAUCUAACGAAGCAUUUCAGCAAAGGAUGUCGUGUUUUAAAAAUCUUUGUCCUGUUUGCUUCUAUAAGAAUAUUUUACGUCACAGCGGCUAUCCCGCAGACAAAACAGGCCUUGUUCAAUACCAAGAUAUAUUUUAUUGGAUUUGUCCUGAACAUUUAGACAUUGUAUUUAAGUUCCCAAAGAAAUUCUUGUCAGCUAAAAAGUUAAAUAUACCUGAAAUUCCGGCCGUUGUGAAAACGGUCAAUAUUUCGCUCGUUUAUGAAAAUGGCAUAUGUAUAGUAACGUACGCAGAAAAACUGCCCGCUCAAAUAAAAAAUAUUGGAAUCAAUGAAUAUGCUGCUGUUUAUAAGAAAAAAAUAUAUUUAUUCUGUAGUAAUGAGUGCCUUAAAAAGUUUUUGUCAAAACCUCAUUUGUAUUAUAACAUCAAAGUUUUUAAAGAAACGAAAAUUUUCCCUGAAAUAACGCUAAAAAAUAUUCCUCAUUUGGGUUUCUUGGAACAAAGUGUUGCAAGUCGGGUACCAGUUCCGGAUGAGAGGUUUGAUUACCUUUGCACUUAUCACAAACCAGCCAGUAAGGUACCUGCAUUUCUGAAUGUAGUGGAUAUAGCCGGUCUAGUUCGAGGUGCUGCUGAAGGUCAAGGCUUGGGAAAUGCAUUUUUGUCGCAUAUUAAGGCUUGCGAUGCCAUAUUCAAUCUCUGCAGAGCAUUUGAUGAUGAAGAUGUAAUUCACGUCGAUGGUGAUGUUAAUCCCGUCCGAGAUCUUGAGACUAUUGGAGAAGAAUUACGGCUUAAAGACGCCGAGCAACUCAUUCAACACGUAGAAAAAUUAGACAGAGUUGUCAACCGUGGCGGUGAUAAGAAAUUAAAACCCGAAUAUGAUACACUGGCAAAAGUAAAAACAAUUUUAGUUGAGGAAAAGAAACAUAUACGUUUCGGGGAUUGGAGUGCUGCGGAUAUCGAGGUACUGAACAAAUAUCUAUUUUUAACAUCGAAGCCCGCGCUUUAUCUCGUUAACUUGUCGGAAAAAGAUUAUAUCAGAAAAAAGAAUAAAUGGUUACCAAAACUUAAAGAAUGGAUCGAUAAAAAUGAUCCAGGUGCACCCCUAAUACCAUUUUCUGGCGUUUUGGAAAGCAAGUUAUUUGAAAUGGAUCCAGAUGAAAAGCAACAGUUUCUUAAAGAAAAUAAUAUUACAAGUGCUUUAGACAAAAUAAUUGUCCAAGGUUACAAAGCACUUCAAUUGGAAUACUUUUUCACUGCUGGCGCAGAUGAAGUCAAAGCUUGGACUAUUCAGAAAGGCACUAAAGCGCCCCAAGCUGCUGGUAGGAUUCACACGGAUUUCGAGAAAGGUUUCAUAAUGGCUGAAGUUAUGCAUUACAAGGACUUCAAAGAAGAAGGCUCGGAAGCGGCCUGUAAAUCCGCCGGAAAAUACAGACAACAGGGUCGUAACUACGUGGUAGAGGACGGUGAUAUAAUUUUCUUCAAAUUCAACGCUGGUGCUGGGCUCAAGGAUGCUAAGAAGAAAUGACGCGACAAGUAUCUUCUCCUCAUAGUACACAUGUUGUACCUCAAUCUCGCGUUAUACACAUUAUUACACGUUGCUUGAAUUACAAUUUUACACCAUAAUAAAUUAUAAUAUACCUAAUUACUAACGAAAUAAAGCUUGUUCUCGUUUGUAUGA